AUGGUCGUCUACUCAUUUUACAUUUUCGACCGCCAUGCGGAAUGCAUCUACAAACGCCGCUGGCUCCCGCGUCCAACCUCUACGGGUUCUAAACCUCCCAGGCCAACAUCAGACUCUGCUGCCCUCAGCAACGGCCUCCCAAAAUCCAAUCCAGCCUCAAACCAAAGCCUGACAGCCGAAGAUGACGCAAAGCUGAUAUUCGGCACGGUAUUCUCGCUCCGGAAUAUGGUGCGCAAACUCGGUGGAGACGAUGAUAACUUCGUCUGCUACCGAACAAGCCAGUACAAGCUGCAUUACUACGAAACCCCCACCAAUAUCAAGUUUGUCAUGCUCACGGAUACAAAGUCGGGCAGCAUGCAGCUGGCCCUGCAGCAGAUAUAUGUCAAUCUUUAUGUGGAAUAUGUGGUCAAGAACCCCUUGGCUCCAGUCGAGCACCCUGGCGGUCUAGGUGUAAACAACGAGCUUUUCGAGGAGUCCCUGGAACAGUUUGUGGUAUACCCUUCAACUUUUCAAUGGGUUAUGCACCUUUCCAAGAUACUGGACAAUUUAUUCGUCUUUUGUCGGGAAACAUCAAAGCAGGAUUUUCUCACGUCUGUGGAGAGUCGACCAAUCUACGCCCAGCCAGCCAAACAAAGCUACCAUCCUGGAGACUAUGGAGUUUAA